CGCUCUUUUUGCUCGACUGUCUCUUGACCCUAAUCAAAUGAGUGAUGGUGUUGAGCUUCCUAAAACUCCCUUAUUCGAUUAUUUGCUUUACGGCUGGAAAAGAGCCUCUGAAAUUAAAAGAUCAACACGUAGUUCUAAAAAUUUAGAACAAUCGGUUAUCAAUGAGCGAGUCGGUGUCAUAGAUACGCUUAAAGAUCUUAUAAUUAACUACGUACAAUAUGUACUUCUGUAUCCCGACGAUCUUCCACAAAUUAGGGGUUCCACUGAGCUUGGCCCUAGUCAAUUUGUAUCAAGAUUAUUAGCAGAAUUUGAUUCUGCCGAAGGAUUACCUUUAGAUUUUAUUAAAGAAGUAGUAUAUAAAGUCGAUGAUGAAGGAUUCGACAAGAUGUUUGUUCCAGCAUUAAUGGGAUAUGGGGCCCAAAUAAGAACAAAAAACAUAUUAAACAUGGAUUAUUUACUACCACUUAAUUCGGUAGUAACUCUGUCAGAAAUAAAACCAUUGGCCGAUAAG